CAAAUACUAUAAGUGAUAGGAUCAGCAAUCCAUCUAACAAAUUAGAUAUCAUCUGAAGUAAUAGUCUAUUUAAAUUCUUAAUGGACAGAAAAUAUAUCACUAUUUCCAUAAAUCAUGAUUUAUUAGGCUAGAAACUUACCUUAAGAUAAGGACAUAGAAAAGGUUUAAUUUCGUUUAGAGUAGAUUUCUUUACUUACUUAUAAUAGACUUGGUGAAUUAAUAUAUGAAAAUAAAGGAGCUAAUGAUAUAGUAUAACAAUGUAAUUUAGGAAAUGGAGUAAUAUUAGUUUAGAUCUUAUAAAAAUUAGUAUUGGAGUAGGAAUUGUGA